AGUGCCUUGCCUGAAGCCUGUAGCUGUGUGGACCUUCUAGACCACACCAGGAGCCCAAGGACUGCCAUCCCUGCCAGCUGAACCUUCUGAUCCCUGGUCCCUGGUGGUGCCCCCAUCCUACCCAUAAUCCUUCCCUGCCAGCAGAACCUUCUGAUCCCUGGUCCCUGGUGGUGCCCCAAUCCUACCCAUAAUCCUUCCCUGCCAGCUGAACCUUCUGAUCCCUGGUCCCUGGUGGUGCCCCCAUCCUACCCAUAUUCCCUGCCAGCUGAACCUUCUGAUCCCUGGUCCCUGGUGGUGCCCCUAUCCUACCCAUAAUCCUGUCCUGCCACGUCUACCACCUCUCUGGAACUGUCUCGGCUCCCUUGUAGCCUGACUGUGACAACACAUAGGAUUUUCUUCCUUCUGUGUGGGUGAGAGGGGACUGUCCUCCCGCUGUCCCUCCCUCCACUCCGCCCCCUGCUACCUGCUCCCUCGGCACAACAUGGGCCAACCCGAUCAAUAAUGUGUUUCGCCAUCCAUCUCGCCUGACAGUUCAGCUGAGGAAAGUGAGAGAGAGAGAGGAGUACAGAAGUUGGAACCGCCUGUACAAAGCAAGCUUUCGUCAGUGCCACCAGCCCAGUGUCAACCCCAGUAACAGGUUCUUAGGAUGGGCAAUAGAUCCUAGCAGAGGCCCUGGCUCACAUCUAAAAACAGGCCUCGGAUAGAAAACACCUUCUGUUUGGCUUGUUUCAUUUUGAUUUCUCUCAGUGACAUUAGAAACAAACUUUCAUCACACAUUCUGAGACAUCACAUUCUGCCUGGAUAUCCGUUGCUCUUAAUCGGCUACUUCUGCCUGGAUAUCCGUUGCUCUAAAUCGGCUACUUCUGCCUGGAUAUCCGUUGCUCUAAAUCGGCUACUUCUGCCUGGUUCAAAAUGGCGGUAAACCUGACACCUAUUCGGGACACAAAAUGGCUGACUCUGGAGGUGUGUCGUGAGUUCCAAAGAGGGACGUGCUCGCGACCGGACAGCGAGUGUAAGUUUGCCCACCCUGCCAAGAGCUGUCAGGUGGAGAAUGGACGAGUCAUCGCCUGCUUUGACUCCCUCAAGGGUCGUUGUUCCAGGGAGAACUGUAAGUACCUACACCCUCCUCCCCACCUGAAGACCCAGCUGGAGAUCAACGGUAGGAACAACCUGAUCCAACAGAAGAACAUGGCCAUGCUGGCACAGCAGAUGCAGCUGGCCAACGCCAUGAUGCCCAGCACACAGCUACAGCCUACAUGUAUGCCGGUCCCCAUGUUCUCUAUGACGCCCAGCCUUGCCUCUAAUGCCAGUGCUGCCGUGGCCGCUGCGUUCAACCCCUACCUGGGCCCGGUGUCGCCCGGCCUGAUGCCCACUGAGAUCAUGUCCAGCGCCCCGGUCCUGGUGACCAGUAACCCCAACGUCUCCAUGCCCUCUGCUGCUGCUGCUGCUGCUGCACAGAAACUCAUGAGGACAGACAGACUGGAGGUGUGUCGGGAGUACCAGAGAGGUAACUGUACGCGGGGGGAGAAUGACUGUCGCUUCGCCCACCCCUCAGACAGCACCAUGAUAGACACCAACGACAACACCGUGACCGUGUGUAUGGACUACAUAAAGGGUCGCUGCUCCAGGGAGAAGUGUAAAUACUUCCACCCUCCAGCCCACCUGCAGGCCAAGAUAAAGGCUGGCCAACACCAGGUCAACCAGGCUGCUGCCGCAGCAGCCAUGGGGCUCUCACCUGUUUUACCUCCAUUACCAAAGAGACCCACACUUGAAAAAGCCAACGGUGCCAUGUUCAACUCCGCCAACAUGUUCCAGUACCAACAGGCCCUGGCCAACAUGCAGUUUCAGCAGCAGUUUAUCCCAUCAGGCUCGAUAUUGUGCAUGACACCUGCAACAAGUGUUGAGUGGGACUGGACUGGAUUGGGACAGACUGUGGGUUGCAGACAGGUACCCAUGAUGCACGGUGCUACGCCCGCCACUGUGUCUGCAGCCAACUCCUCUGCCACAAGUGUUCCCUUUGCAACCGCAACAGCCAAUCAGAUUCCGAUAAUAUCUACAGAUCAUCUUACGAGUCACAAGUAUGUGACUCAGAUGUAGAAGUCUCUACCAGAACAAUGAAACUGGAGUGUGCUGGUGUUCCAUCCGUCCCAGACAACAGUUCACCCUUCAUGCCUGUAACAACAGAACUAGAAUCUUUAGAAUAUAUUCUAUGUCUAUGCCUGUAAGCAUAGAAAUAGAAUCUUUAGAAUAUAUUCUAUGUCUAUGCCUGUAACAUCCAGAACACCAGGAGACUCCAACCACCUGUAAACUGUAGUGGUUCUGACAUGCAUGCUACUCAAAGAGAUCUAGUUUGUCAUAAGGUGGUGAACAUGUGUAUUCUACACACACCAUACGGACAACAGCACCUCCUACACAGAGAGGAACUAUGUCAUCUACAGAACAUUACAGCCAGCCUUUAUGUCUGUGGAGGCGUCAUCCAUUAAAACACCGGACACACUUUGAAUGUCAACAUGAGGAGAUAGUCACGCCCACUAGUUUGGUAUGUCAGCAGACCAAGACUCUCUUUUAUGUUAUUUUCAGUUUGUUUUUCUUUAAUUUAUAUAAUUUUUUCAUGGUUUACACAAAACACCUUGUAUUUUAAACAAGAAGGGGAAAUGACGAGGAAUUGUAACUAAUUGCCAUAUUAGACUGAAAGAAUUGUGCAUGGCUUGUUUGUAGAUGAUCUGGUUCUUUACAAGACCAACUUGUUUGAAAUGGGUUUAGUGGGCUUGGUGCCAUAAGGACAGCUGAAUGUUGUGGGUUUAGAACACCUUUGUGUUUUAAAACCCAUCCCAGCUUUAGUAGAUAUGUUGCAAGCUCCACUUAAAGUGCCAUAGACUAUGUAGGUAUAACCCCAAAACAUUGAGUGUUAUUCGGUCAUUAUAGCCGUGUUACAGUGUUAACCUGGGGAACGCCUUCAAAGUCUCUGAUGUCUCUAGUGUCCUUGUUCCGUGAAUGUUUGUCUACAGUUUGACGUCAUUAACAGAUGAACCAUUCAUGGUCUUUGCCUCUUGGGUACGCAGUUACCCACCUUAGGUGGUUUGGGUUACCUCUGGUCUUCUGUUGGUUUUCUUUUCAUUUGCCUUGACCUUAGAUUCCACGGUGUGAGUGAGACAGAGAAGGGGUAUUGGUUCUGUUAGGACACAGUCCUCUCUGGGUAUAAAGUAUAAUGACUAGUUGGUUCUGUUAGGACCUGGUCCUCUCUGUCUCUGGGUAUAAAUUCUAUAGACUCUAGUUGGUUCUGUUAGGACCUGGUCCUCUCUGUCUCUGGGUAUAAAGGCUAUAGACUCUAGUUGGUUAUGUUAGGACCUGGUCCUCUCUGUCUCUGGGUAUAAAGGCUAUAGACUCUAGUUGGUUCUGUUAGGACCCAGUCCUCUCUGGGUAUAAAGUCUAUAGAGUCUAGUUGGUUCUGUUAGGACCUGGUCCUCUCUGUCUCUGGGUAUAAAGGCUAUAGACUCUAGUUGGUUCUGUUAGGACCCAGUCCUCUCUGGGUAUAAAGUCUAUAGACUCUAGUUGGUUCUGUUAGGACCUGGUCCUCUCUGUCUCUGGGUAUAAAUUCUAUAGACUCUAGUUGGUUCUGUUAGGACCUGGUCCUCUCUGUCUCUGGAUAUAAAGGCUAUAGACUCUAGUUGGUUCUGUUAGGACCCAGUCCUCUCUGGGUAUAAAGUCUAUAGAGUCUAGUUGGUUCUGUUAGGACCCAGUCCUCUCUGGGUAUAAAGUCUAUAGAGUCUAGUUGGUUCUGUUAGGACCCAGUCCUCUCUGGGUAUAAAGUCUAUAGACUCUAGUUGGUUCUGUUAGGACCUGGUCCUCUCUGGGUAUAACGUAUAUAGACUCUAGUUGGUUCUGUUAGGACCCAGUCCUCUCUGGGUAUAAAGUCUUUAGACUCUAGUUGGUUCUGUUAGGACCUGGUCCUCUUUGUCUCUGAGUAUAAAGUCUAUAGACUCUAGUUGGUUCUGUUAGGACCUGGUCCUCUCUGGGUAUAACGUAUAUAGACUCUAGUUGGUUCUGUUAGGACCCAGUCCUCUCUGGGUAUAAAGUCUAUAGACUGUAGUUGGUUCUGUUAGGACCUGGUCCUCUUUGUCUCUGAGUAUAAAGUCUAUAGACUCUAGUUGGUUCUGUUGGGACCUGGUCCUCUCUGGGUAUAACGUAUAUAGACUCUAGUUGGUUCUGUUAGGACCUGGUCCUCUCUGUCUCUGGGCAUACAGUCUAUAGACUCUAGUUGGUUCUGUUAGGCCCUGGUCCUCUCUGUCUCUGGGUAUAAAGUAUAUAGACUCUAGUUCGUUCUGUUAGGCCCCAGUCCUCUCUGAGUAUAAUGUCUAUAGACUCUAGUUGGUUCUGUUAGGCCCUGGUCCUCUCUGGGUAUAAAGUAUAUAGACUCUAGUUGGUUCUGUUAGGCCCUGGUCCUCUCUGUCUCUGGGUAUAAAGUAUAUAGACUCUAGUUGGUUCUGUUAGGACCUGGUCCUCUCUGUCUCUGGGUGUAAAGUCUAUAGACUCUAGUUGGUUAUGUUAGGACCCAGUCCUCUCUGUCUCUGGGUAUAAAGUCUAUAGACUCUAGUUGGUUCUGUUAGAACCUAGUCCUCUCUGUCUCUGGGUAUAAAGUCUAUAGACUCUAGUUGGUUCUGUUAGGACCUGGCCCUCUCUGUCUCUGGGUAUAAAGUCUAUAGACUCUAGUUAGUUCUGUUAGGACCUGGUCCUCUCUGGGUAUAACGUAUAUAGACUCUAGUUGGUUCUGUUAGGCCCUGGUCCUCUCUGGGUAUAAAGUCUAUAGACUCUAGUUGGUUAUGUUAGGACCCUGUCCUCUCUGUCUCUGGGUAUAAAGUCUAUAGACUCUAGUUUGUUCUGUUAGGCCCCAGUCCUCUCUGAGUAUAAUGUCUAUAGACUCUUGUUGGUAAUGUUAGGACCUGGUCCUCUCUAGGUAUAAAGUCUAUAGACUCUAGUUGGUUCUGUUAGGACCCAGUCCUCACUGUCUCUGGGUAUAAAGUCUUUAGACUCUAGUUGGUCGUGUUAGGACCCAGUACUCUCUGAGGAUAAAGUCUAUAGACUCUAGUUGGUUCUGUUAGGACCUGGUCCUCUCUGGGUAUAAAGUCUAUAGACUCUAGUUGGUUCUGUUAGGACCCAGUCCUCUCUGUCUCUCGGUAUAAAGUCUAUAGACUCUAGUUGGUUCUGUUAGGACCCUGUCCUCUGUGUUUCUGGGUAUAAAGGCUAUAGACUCUAGUUGGUUCUGUUAGGACCCAGUCCUCUCUGUCUCUCGGUAUAAAGUAUAUAGACUCUAGUUGGUUCUGUUAGGCCCUGGUCCUCUCUGGGUAUAAAUUCUAUAGACUCUAGUUGGUUAUGUUAGGACCCUGUCCUCUCUGUCUCUGGGUAUAAAGUCUAUAGACUCUAGUUUGUUCUGUUAGGCCCCAGUCCUCUCUGAGUAUAAUGUCUAUAGACUCUUGUUGGUAAUGUUAGGACCUGGUCCUCUCUAGGUAUAAAGUCUAUAGACUCUAGUUGGUUCUGUUAGGACCCAGUCCUCACUGUCUCUGGGUAUAAAGUCUUUAGACUCUAGUUGGUCGUGUUAGGACCCAGUACUCUCUGAGGAUAAAGUCUAUAGACUCUAGUUGGUUCUGUUAGGACCUGGUCCUCUCUGGGUAUAAAGUCUAUAGACUCUAGUUGGUUCUGUUAGGACCCAGUCCUCUCUGUCUCUCGGUAUAAAGUCUAUAGACUCUAGUUGGUCCUGUUAGUACCCAGUACUCUCUGAGUAUAAAGUCUAUAGACUCUAGUUGGUUCUGUUAGGACCCAGUCCUCUCUGUCUCUCGGUAUAAAGUCUAUAGACUCUAGUUGGUUCUGUUAGGACCCUGUCCUCUGUGUUUCUGGGUAUAAAGGCUAUAGACUCUAGUUGGUUCUGUUAGGACCCAGUCCUCUCUGUCUCUCGGUAUAAAGUCUAUAGACUCUAGUUGGUUCUGUUAGAACCCUGUCCUCUCUGUCUCUGGGUAUAAAGUCUAUAGACUCUAGUUGGUUCUGUUAGGAACCAGUCCUCUCUGGGUAUAAAGGCUAUAGACUCUAGUUGGUUCCGUUAGGACCCAGUACUCUCUGGGUAUAAAGGCUAGACUCUAGUUGGUUCUGUUAGGACCUGGUCCUCUCUGUCUCUGGGUAUAAAGUCUAUAGACUCUAGUUGGUUCUGUUAGGAACCAGUCCUCUCUGGGUAUAAAGGCUAUAGACUCUAGUUGGUUCCGUUAGGACCCAGUACUCUCUGGGUAUAAAGGCUAUAGACUCUAGUUGGUUCCGUUAGGACCCAGUACUCUCUGGGUAUAAAGGCUAGACUCUAGUUGGUUCUGUUAGGACCUGGUCCUCUCUGUCUCUGGGUAUAAAGUCUAUAGACUCUAGUUGGUUCUGUUAGGAACCAGUCCUCUCUGGGUAUAAAGGCUAUAGACUCUAGUUGGUUCCGUUAGGACCCAGUACUCUCUGGGUAUAAAGGCUAGACUCUAGUUGGUUCUGUUAGGACCCAGUCCUCUCUGUCUCUGAGUAUAACGUUUAUAGACUGUAAAGGCUUAAUGCAUGGGGCUCUGGCCCUGGACUCAAUAUUAUGCCAAAAGUCUCACGUGUGACGAAGAAGGGGUGGAGACUGUUAAAAAGGAAGGAUAGAAUGAAGAACUACUGAAAGUUGCGUGAUAAACCAAACCGCUGAGUGGAGUGAGGAGCACUUUCCAAGAGUUACAGGGUGGCUUAUGGAUUAGUUGUUUUAACAUGGUGUGGUUUUCAUUUUAUUAUAAUUCAUUUAAUGAUUUUUUAAAAAAUGUUAUGUUUUAUUAAGUGCAGUUUAUAUGGUCUAUGAUAUGUGAGAGAACUUGUGAAAACACAUGAUGUGUAUUUUAAUCUGUGAUAGUAUGGAUCCUUUGGGAUAGAUACAGUCAAAUGUUUUUGGGGUAUUUUUCUUCUGUGUUCUGUGUUGACAUAUGUGGGUGCACUAGUGGAGCUCUGUUCAGCAAAUGUGUGGGGCCAAAAUCACAGAUGAAGUUGUGUAUGGACAAGAGGGGGGUGAGUGUAAAGUUGUGUAUGGAAGCGUGGGGGAGUGUAGAUUGUUUUUGGGUUUAAACCCUCAUGCUUCUGCAUGCAUUGUAUGAAAAGACAUUGUAUGGAAGAGCUUGACCUGAUUGUAUUACUCAUCCAAAGCCUUAGAAAACACCACGAGGUCGGCACAAUGCAACAAGCCAUUUCAAAUCGUCCUCUUGCCUAACCCUUGCUGUUUUGUCGCCACACAAAGCUUUCGUGGUAUAUAUGAUUGUUGUCUUUAACUCUAAACAUGUAUUUCUUGUUGAGUUCGUUUUUUUCAAGAAGAUUAAUGUCUUAUUUCAUUUUGUUUAAUGCACGGAUUACAUUUUUGAUAUUUAGUUAAAGGAGUUUUGUCUUACUAGAUUUUACCAGUAACUUUUGUAGGAUUCUGAAUAGUAGGUAAUAUGUGUGUUUUGUUUCUUCAUACCAUAUUUUAGUUUUCUGAAAUUUUCUGUAAUGUUGAUUUGCAUAUGUACUGUAGUGUUAUGAUUGUAAACUGAAUUAUUUUUAUUUUCUGUGAACUCUAAGAAUUAUUUUAAUUUC